GUCACAGCAGAAUUUCCUUUUCCGACAUACACUAUUCUAGCCGAGAUGAUAUGAACAUCAUAGCAUGAUAUUGUGAAGAAGUAUGAGGCAAUGGCAAGAAAUAUACUCUGUGUCCAACUGGAACAUACCAUAAGGCAACGUUGGCAGAAAGUGUUGUACAAAAGGCAGUCAUUUCCUGAUAACUAUGUGGAUCAAAGUUUCUUAGAGAAGUUGCGCAAGAAUAUCCAUGCUCGCAAGUAUCAUUAUUGGGCAGUGGUGUUUGAAUCUGGAGUGGUGAUACAACAAUUAUGUAACGUCUGUGUCUUUGUUGUCAUCUGGUGGUACAUGGAUAUGGGCCUGUUGGCUCCCCAGUGGCUAUUUGGAGCUGGCUUGAUUGCCUCGCUGAUUGGUUAUGUACUCUUUGAUGCCAUUGAUUCAGGAUUAGAAAGAAAUCAAAGCGGUCAGACACGAUGGGGAGAUCUGAAGAAUUCUGUGGUAUUUGUGGCAUUCACCUAUGGCUUCUCUCCUAUCCUGAAGACCUUAACUGAGUCCAUCAGCACUGAUACAAUUUAUGCUAUGUCUGCUCUAAUGCUCCUAGGACAUUUGAUCUUUUAUGAUUAUGGGGCAAAUGCAGCUAUUGUGUCCAGUACCUUGUCCCUCAACAUGGCUUUCUUUGCUUCAGUCUGCUUAGCCUCACGGUUGCCACGGUCCUUACAUGCCUUUGUUAUGGUGACAUUUGCUAUCCAGAUAUUUGCCCUAUGGCCUAUGCUACAGAAGAAGCUCAAAGCUCAAACCCCCCAUUGUUACAUGAUAGCUACCUUACUCUUUGCUUUAUCUACCUUAAUGGGACUACUAACCAUUUCAAGUGUUGGCACUAUUCUUUUUGUUCUCCUUUUGAUUGCCAUCUCAUGUCUAUGCCCUUACUGCCUCAUUAGGCUGCAACUCUUCAAAGACAAUAUCCAUGGGCCUUGGGAUGAAGCUGAAAUCAAGGAAGAUCUGUCCAAGUUCCUUAUGUAGACCAGGAGUCCACACUUUGGGGUUCAAUUCUUCCAAUUAUCCUAGUCCCAGCUAAUAAAUGCUUAUUAACUAAAGCAAUUAAAGCAAGCAGAAAUGAAAUAC